CAAUGAGUGCGCCCAAGCGAUACUUUCCUAACAACCUGCCCAUAGGGGAAGAUUGCGUCUUGAGCAAGAGUGUCCUGAAAUGUAGUGUCAUUGAGAAAUACGAAACGAUUGUCCAAAAACAACAGGCCGACCCACAGGAUGCUGAGGGUGGUCUCUACGUGGGGAUUGCCGGGAUCGGCUAUCUCUGUUAUCACUUGAGCAAGUCACCGAUAUUCCAGGACAGCAAGGGUGCUCUUCAGAGCAAAGCCAAGGAGUACCUUGAAGCUGCUCUUGAGGCUGGUCGUCACAAGAAGGGCAAUUCCAGGGAUGACACUGCAUUUAUAUUGGGCAACGCUGGACUGUAUGCAAUUUGUGCUGCGGUUUUUAACGAUGAUGGCUUUUUGCGUGACUAUGCCAAGGGAUUGUCCAACUGCUUGAAAACUAACUUCAUUUCAUGUGGCAGUGACGAACUCUUUGUCGGAAGAGCCGGCUACGUGAUGGGCAUCCUAUGGCUUCGGAAAACUCUUCAACAACCAGUGAUUGCAGACAAGGACCUAAUGGCCAUAUGUACCGUAAUCGUCGAGUCCGGCCGACAGUACGCACGGCAUCACCGUAGCCCCUGUCCAUUGAUGUAUGCUUACUACGGCACUGAGUACUUAGGUGCAGCCCAUGGUUUGUGUGCAAUUCUGCAAGCCCUUUUGAGUGUGCCAAGUUUCAUUAGUAGCAGUGACCCUUCAGUCGAAAAAGACAUCCGGACCAGCGUGGACUACCUGCUGUCCCUGCAGACACCAUCAGGGAAUUUUCCAAGCGACCUUUCGGAAAUUGGUCGUGGAGCUCGACCUGAAGCCGAGGAGCUUGUGCAUUGGUGCCACGGAGCCCCUGGUAUCGUCUACUUGAUGGCAAAAGCAUACUUGGUCUGGAGUGACGAGAAAUAUCUGCAGGCGGCUGUCAAGUGUGCUGAAUGUACUUGGAACAAGGGUCUGCUGCGCAAAGGACCUGGAAUUUGCCAUGGAGUUGCCGGCAGUGGUUACGUCUUUCUGCUCUUGUUCCGUUUGACAGGAGAGCAGCACUACCUGCAGAGAGCCCACGCUUUUGCCCAGUUCAUCGAUUCUGAGGAGUUUAAGCCCCUUUUGCUGAAACCAGACAGCCCUUACAGCUUGUAUGAAGGGCUUGCAGGAACUUGCUGUUUUCUUGAUGAUCUCGCUCACCCUGAAUCAGCAGCAUUCCCUUUCUCAGAUGUUUUCUAACCUUUCAAACUUAAAAUGACUUUUGCAAAACUAUUUUAAACAGAAAAGACAUUUGCAAAACUUGCCACUACAAUAUAUGCCAUUUUUUUAAUAAUAAUUUAACCUAAUCAUCACAUUCAUGUUUCUUUGGUUGGUUGUUGACUAUAUUGUAAAUAAUUCUUGAGACUGACAGUUUCAGAUCUUUUUUAUCUUUGCGAGGAACAAAUUUUCUUUUCAUAUAUGAAUAAAAUAUUCAAAAUAUUAUACCGCAACUCGGAUAGAGUA